AUGCUGUUGAGUUUGAUAGGGGAAAAAAUAGAUUUGGACAGCCGUAGCAUAUUCAAAGUAGCUUACAGUGAAAAAAUUAUCAAAAUAGAAGUCAGCGGGUCAUCAAAACAGUAUAUUAAUGGCUCUAAAAAGAUGACUCAACCUGAAUAUGCCAUUUACCCAUGGGAUAAAAACUAUGAUUGGUGUUCAAACUGUUAUCAUGAGUAUUCCAAAAAGCCCUGGAUUACAUUUUCUUUAAUUAACAAACAAUUCAAAUUUAACGGAUAUUUUGUUAGAAAUGGCUGCUGCUAUUACAAUGGGUGUUGCUGUGAUGAUGAUUUCUAUGGAUGCAUCGAUUGUUAUAUGUAUUCUUGGUCUUUACAAAUCUCAAAUGACAAUAAGACAUGGACCACAGUUCAUCAGAUAGAGAAAGAUAGUGAUAAAGAUAAUUGCAAGAGUCGAGAAUACAAGUUUGAUAAAACAUAUACUGCGAGAUACGUUAGAUUAAUACAAGAUGCCCCAUUCCCAGGAUAUCCUCCAUGCUUUGCAAUAAAUCGAUUUGACUUAUUUGGAACAAUUGUAAAUGAUGAUGGUUCUCUUUCAGAUGGAAAUGCUGAUGAUUUCGUAUCUUACCACGAUGAUGAUGACGAUGUAAGCAUUAUCGGACAUAUAUCUAAAAACGGAAAUGCAAAAUUUGACUAA